GAAGACUGAGAGAUAGAGAAAAUGUCUGAUGAGUGUCAUCUGUGUCUGCUGGGACUGAUCGUUCUCUCUUCACUUCUCACAGGUUCCAGUGGAGUGGAUGAUGCUCAUGUGUUCAUCAGUUCUGGUGAAGAUGUCCAUCUGUCCUGUAAUAAUGCUCUUCCAGACUGUAACUCAACUACAUGGAACUAUAACAGAUUCAGACAUUCAGCAACAGAUGAACUGAUUGCUUUAGGGAAAAAGAAGAACAACACAGAGAGACAUGAGAGACUGAGUCUGGGGUCUGACUGCUCUCUGAACAUCAGGCACAUCUCAAAAGAAGAUUAUGGACCUUACAGCUGCCAACAAUGGACUGGUGUGAAUAGAGACCAACAACAAGAACCUGAUGCUCGUGUUUAUCUGCAUGUCCUUCAUGUCUCAUCCUCACAGACUGAGAUCAGUGCAGGCCGCUCUGUGACUCUCUUCUGUCAGUUGUAUUCAUAUCCUCGAGUCUCUUGUGAUGAUUGGAUCUGUUCUGAGAGAAUUGAGCUGUUCUGGGUGAAUCAGACUGGUGUUAAACUGACGAGAUCAGACUCCAGAUAUCAGAUAUCAGCUCCAGGACACUGUAUCAGCUCUCUGAAUACAACACUCCUGAAUGAAGAUCACAACAGAGAGUGGAGAUGCAAUGUUACUCAGAGAGAUCAAGUCAAGACCUCAGUCACUUAUACUGUCAAGAGUUCAGCUCAAGCUGAUUCAACGACAGCAGUAACUUCUACACAAGUGAUUGUGAUUGUUGUCUGCGCUUCAUUCGCUCUUCUUCUUCCUGCUCUGAUUCUUUGGCUGAUGAUUCGUAAAAAAAGAGCCACUGUCAGAAGAGCGACUGAUGACUCUGUGCAGCAGACAGAUGAUGUGACUUAUACUGAAGUUACUGCGUACAGUAAAAACCGAGCCAAAAAGAACAAGGUUCGCUGUGAUGAUAAAGUGACUUACGCUUCCAUCGGAGGAGCAAAAGCUGGAGCUCAGGAAAACUGCAGUCAACUUUACGCCUCUGUGAACAAGAACCAUCACAAAUCAGGCAGAUAAUCAUACAAUAAUCACAUCAGCAGAGGAAUAUCAACCUUAUAUAAUGGACUCCUAAUGGUUUCAUUCAGUGCCUUUAUAAAUACUCAGUGCCGCGUAGAUUACUUACACAUUAUAGUCCAUUACCGAUUACAAAUUACAUGACGGGAAUUGUAGUUUGUAAUGUAAUCUAUUAAAGUACACAUAUUAAGUAAUGUAUUCUGACAAGUUUUUGAUUCUUUUUAGAUUACUUCAUGUAAUCGAUAAAAAAGUAAC